AUGUCGCGUCUGUGUAAUUUAAGAUUUUGUUCCAUUAUAAAAAAGACUAAACAUACGACAACUUUGAUAAGCAAAAAGAGUUUACGCACAACAAACGAAACACAAAAUGUGUUCUAUGAAAGCGGUAAAGGUUAUGCCCAUCUCUAUUGGAAGUUUGAGAAACAUAUUUAUCCGUUGUACAAAUGUUUAGAUAUAAUUAGAUUAAAGGAAAUUCGCCCUUUAUUGACAAGAAUGAAAAUUCUGCGAACUAAGUAUGAUGUCAAUCAUGAAAAAAAGAAUUUCAAGAACUUGGGAUUUGUAUUAGGUGGUAUUGGCAUAACCAUAGUUCUUUGCGAAGCCAAAAAUCACAAGGAUUAUAAAAGAAGGUAUAGAUAUAAAUAUGCGACAUCCACUGGGUUGGACAGCAUUGCAUCUUGCUGCUAUUAAUGCAAAACCAGAAGUUGUAAAACUUUUAUUAAAACAUGGAGCAGAUGUUAAUGCUCCAGAUGAAUUCAUUAAUGUUUAUGGGACUGCCAUAGAAAAGGGAUUACAUACAUUAGAUGUGCUUGCAAUAAGGGAGGAAGAAUUUUGUGAUCAACUGAACAGUAGAGCUACCUUUAAAGGUUGUACAGCGUUACAUUAUGCUGUAUUGGCAGAUUCCGAGGCUUGUGUGCUUGCAUUAUUAGAAGCAGGAGCUGAUCCAACAAUGAAAAACGAAUCAGGACAUCGUGCAGUAGAAUAUGCUAAAGAUGGAGCGCUCAAAGAAAUGCUCAUAAAACGUGCGAUAAAAUAUGAUGAAAUAAUGAAGGAAAAACUAUUAGGAGAAAAGACAAUGGGUGGAUAGAUGAAAAACAUCCCCUAGUAUUUCUUUUCUUAGGUUCAUCAGGAAUUGGAAAAACUGAAUUGGCUAAACAAUUAGCUGCAUAUAUACAUAAAAAUAAACAGGAAGGAUUUAUUCGAUUAGACAUGUCUGAGUAUCAGGAGAAACACGAAGUUGCCAAAUUGAUUGGUGCUCCACCAGGAUAUGUGGGUCAUGAUGAUGGUGGACAAUUAACAAAACUUUUAAGGAAAUGUCCAAAUGCUGUGGUAUUAUUUGAUGAGGUUGACAAAGCUCAUCCUGAUGUACUGACUGUUCUGUUACAAUUAUUUGAUGAAGGAAGACUUACCGAUGGUAAAGGUAAAACAAUCGAAUGCAAAAAUGCAAUUUUUAUAAUGACAUCGAAUUUGGCAAGCGAAGUAAUCGCUGAUCAUGCGGUACAUCUUAGAGAAGAAGCUCAACGUGUAAUAGAUCAAAAAUUGGAUAAAAAUGUUGAUGUAGAGGAGGAUCCAGAACAUAUUGAAAUAUCUCGUAAUUUUAAAGAUGAAGUAGUGAGACCAAUAUUGAAGUCACAUUUUGGUAGAGAUGAGUUUUUGGGCAGAAUAAAUGAAAUCGUAUAUUUUUUACCAUUUUCUCAAUCUGAACUUAUAACAUUAGUGGCAAGAGAAUUAGAAGCUUGGGCAGAUCGUGCGAAAAAAAGGCAUAAAAUAGAAUUGAAGUGGAAUAGAGAAGUUCUGUCACUUUUGGCUGAAGGAUACGAUACCCAUUACGGAGCACGUUCUAUUAAAUACGAGAUUGAAAGACGCGUUGUUAAUCAAUUAGCUGCUGCUCACGAAAAAGGCCAAUUAGAAAAAGGAUGUUGUGUAUUAUUAAAAGUCAAAUGGAAUAAAAAUAACGCAAAUAUAGCGUUGUCAAUACGACGUAAGGGUGCUAAAGAUUUUGUCGAUCUUUCUACAGAGAAUUUGACAAAAAAUAUAAAUCCUGCAUUUUAA